AUGAUGCAUCUGCCUCACAUACGGCUGGUCGUGUGGUGCCUUCUGUGUGCAAUCCUUCCGGCCGUGCUGUCAACGGCUAGCAGUGGGACGAUAAAAAAUGACGAUUACGACGAACCGGUGGCCGCAUUGGUUUACCAGUUUUUCCGGGAUCAUAAAGGCCUGAAAAUGGGUAUCGUUUUCACAUGCUACCAAAAGUUACUGCUCAUUUACCAGGUUUUAUCGCAAUUGACGGCCGGAAGCGUUCCGGUGCGAACGGUGAAUAUGGACCACGAACCACCGGGGCAGUCCGAACAGUUCUCGAGUGCCCUUCGCAAGUCGCUGGAAUUUCAUCAAUUCGUCCUGCUACACAUGGCCUGCCAAAAUGCACCGAUCGUACUGGAACAGGCAUCUAAAUAUGAACUCUUCAACGCGUCGUUCCACUGGCUGAUAAUUGAUAAAAAUUACAAUGGAAACGAUGGCCCAACGACGCUGGGAAACAGCAGCCUUGGCGGUUCGAGAGAACCAACAGAGACCGAUUGGGAACGGAGUGCCGGCGUUGGCACCGCUGCAAGCGCCCCGGGCAAUGCCUUCGACUUGUUCGCAACAAUGAACGUCAGCAUGAAUGCAGAAAUAACCAUUGCGCGGCCUGCGGAUGCAACCUAUCGGGAAUUCACACUCUAUGAUCUCUGGAAUCCUGGCUACAUGAGCGGUGGCAAACUGAAAGUCGAGCCACUGGGGCGCUAUGCGCCGGCCGGCGGGCUUGUGGUGGAGCGGCACGAAACGACCGUGGUACGCCGCCGGAACAUGGACGGGCUGAAGCUGAAGAUAAUGACCGUGGUGACACAGCGACCGCACCAACCGUUCGAGCGGUAUCUGACGACGCCGCGGAACACCCAUCUCGAUGCCGUGCACCGCUACAACUACGGGCUGAUGAGCAUGCUGAAGGAUUUCUACAACUUUACCUUCGUCAACCGGCGCACCAAGAGCUGGGGCUAUCUGCGGAACGGCACGUUCGAUGGCAUGAUCGGAGCACUGUCCCGGCGGGAAGUGGACCUCGGCGGGUCGCCCAUGUUCUUUCGCCAGGAGCGCCACCGCGUCGUCAGCUACACCACGCGUACCUUCAUCGAGCGGCCCUGCUUCAUCUUUCGCCAUCCAGCGCGUCAGGAUGCGGUCAAGAAUCCCUUCUUGCUGCCCUUCGAAACGAUCGUCUGGUACUUGAUGGUGGUUUGGGGCAUAAUGCUGGCGGCUGCGUUGAGUUUCAGCUUUUACUUCGAGUACACAGCGACCGACCGGGGGAUACCGAUAAGACACCGAACGGCUCCGGUUCCGUUGCCAUGGUGCAGCAUUGUCGGUGGAAUUGCAAGCGCAUGGAGAACAAUGUGGCAGAACGCGAGGGCCACGGCCAACUUCGAUCGAGCCAGCACGGCGACGCUCCGGGCGGAUGAGGCGGCGGGAAACGUGUCACCGGAAGCGUACCGGAGUGGAAGCGAAUCCUUUUUAAGCCGCCCUAAGCCGUCACCGAUGCAGCGACAAUAUUGGCAGCGAGUGAAAGACAUCCGUUACAGCGAGGACGUGCCAGCAUCCGGCGGAGAAUCUGAUGCAGCCGACGCCCGGCCGCCGAAAACCGUCGGGUGGCGUUGGAAAAUCUGCCACCGGCAAUAUCCGGACUGUCGUCAGCGUGUUGGGGGCGGUGCACCGGGAACGGGGAACAAUUGCCAUAACAAGGAUGUGCACACAUCGCCGUCGUCGUCGAGAACGCAUCGACUUCAGCCGGUGGCCGGAAACGAUGGCACCAAAUGCAAUUAUAAGGCGGAAAAGGCAUCGAAGAGCGUUUUACUCUUUCUCGGAGGCGUUUGUCAACAAGGAUUAUCCGAGAUACCGCACCUAUCAUCCGGCAGAUGUACGUCAUUUUUCAUCCUGCUCUUCGGCUACCUAAUGUUCCAGUACUACUCGGCCAGCAUCGUCGGCUCGCUGCUAAUGGAGCAGCCGAAGAGUAUAAAAACGCUGCGCGGCUUGAUUGACAGCCGCCUCACGCUCGGCAUCGAGGAUAUUCCCUAUUCCAGAGAUUACUUUGUGCGCACAACCGAUGCCGACUCGCUGGAGCUGUACCGGACCCGGAUCGAGUACUACGAUGCGCGCACCGGCCGCAACGAGUCCCACUUCCUGCCCGCCGCCGACGGUCUGCAGCUGGUCCUGGACGGCGGGUACGCGUUCCACGUGGCCAUAUCGGCCGCCUACCGCAUCAUCCGGCAGACGUUCGGCGAGCGGGAAAUUUGCGAGCUGAGUGAAAUUGAUAUGUUUCCCGUGUCGUCGCAGUGGAUGGUGGCGAUCGUCCAGAAGAAUUCACCGUACCGUGACGUCAUAACCUACGGAUUACGCCGGUUGAAUGAAGCGGGCUUAAUGCAGCGGCAGCGCAACGUCUGGCAGGAACCGAAACCGAAAUGCGUUCGCCAGAUUGCCCCGACCGACCUGAUAGUGGGCCUGGACGCAGUCGUCUCGGCGUUCGUGCUGCUGGCCGGCGGGCUGGCCCUGUCAAUCGGCAUCCUGAUCGGUGAAAUCUUCUGCCGGCGCAUCGCCCAUCGCCUUCGGAGCGGACCGCGGAGGAAUGCUGUACUGGACGCGUUCGAGCGACCAGGAGCCGAGAUUAUGCGGUCCAAUUUGGAUGGGACCAUGCAGCAGCGACCGUUCGGUGGCUCCGAUUUCCGGCCUUCAAAAUAG